AUGGCAUCCGAGCGGAGGGCAGUUUAUUGCACGCUGUUGCUCAGCGACAACUAUUUGCCUGGUGCUAUGAUCCUGGCGCAUUCUUUGCGCGACAAUGGCACGAAUGCAAAGUUGGUCAUCCUCUACACACCGGACACAUUACGGGCAGCCACGGUUACUGAAUUACAGACCGUCUAUGAUGAGCUGAUCCCAGUGCGCGAAUUUGUGAACGGCACCCCCGCCAAUCUAUGGCUCAUGGACCGACCUGACCUGAUAGCCACAUUCACCAAGAUUGAGCUCUGGCGUCUGACUCAAUUCGACCGAAUCGUCUACAUCGACUGCGAUAUCUUGGCCCUGAGAGCCCCGGACGAGCUGUUAGCCCUGGAUGUAGAUUUUGCGGCCGCGCCAGAUGUGGGCUGGCCGGAUAUCUUCAACAGUGGACUCAUGGUUCUCCGACCUAAUAUGCAAGAUUAUUAUGCAUUGAAGGCGCUUGCUGAGCGCGGUAUCAGCUUUGAUGGAGCUGAUCAGGGUCUGCUGAAUAUGCAUUUCCGUGACUGGCAUAGGCUAAGCUUUACGUACAAUUGCACACCCAGCGCCAACUAUCAGUACAUACCUGCGUACAAGCACUUCCAGAGUACUAUCAGCCUGAUUCAUUUCAUCGGAUCGCAGAAGCCCUGGAGUUUGCCAAGGCAGGGGGUGCCACUGGAGUCGCCUUAUGAUCAGCUGCUUGGGAAAUGGUGGGCUGUUUACGAUCAACACUACCAACCACCUUUUGUAUCAAUCCCCCGGCCACCGUCCCAGCACAGACAGGAAACGUAUCACACAGGAGCUCCGACUCACGAGCAAUGGCCCGAGCCUUAUGAAAUUGACCAUGCCGAACAGCAUGCACCUGUAAGCUUCCACUCCGGAGAAGACCAUCGGGAUAAAGGUGUGCCAUCACUUGUAUCAGUGGUGCACGAACAGCCUCAGGUUUGGCAGCCGUCUCAAAAUCCGGAGCAGGCCCCAGCUACCGCAGUCGCAGUGCCGAUCCUGAGUGCAGUUCCGCAGUAUGUGCGUGGAGAAGAGCAUGUCUCGACAUUUAUUCCUCCCUUGCCUCAUAUGUCUGCCUCUAUCUUCGCACCCCAGCAGGGACGCGAAGAACAGCCUCAAGCUCCACAGGAAUAUCAUCACCAGGACCAUCACCAGGACCAUCACCAGGACCAUCACCAGGACCAUCACCAGGACCAUCACCAGGACCAUCACCAGGACCAUCACCAGGACCAUCACCAGGACCAUCACCAGGACCAUCACCAGGACCAUCACCAAGACCAUCACCCGGACCAUGAUCAUCAUCAUAAUCAGGAACAUCAUCAUCAUCAAGAACAUCAACAUUCCGAUGAUGCGGGUCAUAUCUAUCAACCGCAGCCCAUCGUGCCCACGCCGCCGUUCGCCCAGCUGGAGCAGUCGCCUCGUUCUCCUUCUCCAGAGCCCGCAACCUUUGAGGCACCACAGGCAGAAUGGGAUGCUUCACGAGGACCACCCCCAUUGAACUCAAAGCCCGAAGGAAUUAGUUUACAAGAGAAGACAUACUCAAUGUCCGAAGAUACAAAUCUGUUCCAACCUCCCCCAUCCUACCCUGAAGCCCCGAAGAACAUGUACUACCAGGUUCCUGCGGUGAGACCCGAGCCACAGAAGCUUACAAAGCUGUUUCCUUGGGAGAGCCACGCUCCUAAACCUACUCGCGUCUUUGCACAGGAGCAGUCCGUCCCCACCGAGUCACAGGACGAGCAAGCCACCCCAACCCAAGUCAAGGAAGUUACCCCAUCCUCACAAACACCCACCCCACGAGCAAUGCACGAGCCCUCCACCGAGUCCUGGGACUCUUACACACGCUCCAAUGCCUGGGACGAAGACCCACAUAUCCAACAAUACAUGGACUCAUUGCAAAAAGCCCGUCGAGGCCGUACCCAAGUCAUCUCCGGCUCCAGCCAGUCCAGCACGACGCAGGACUCACCACCCAGCAGCCUUAGUGGGCACCGGCCCAGCCUCAAGCUGACCGACUUCCCAACGGAAGUUGAGCGUCCUAGCCUCCCCGUAACGCCUGCGCCGAUCCAGCGUGGGACCUACGAAGACGAAGCCUCCACCGAGGCCGCCCUUCCAACGGCCGAGGGUGUACCGGACCAGGAGGACUGGGUGGGUGUCACGGUUGAUGCGUUUUCACAAAUUCUCAGAGCAAUGUACUUAUUCUGGCAAUUUACAGAAUCCACUGGCUCGGCUGGAAGAGCUGCGCCGACGGCAAUCCGCUGUCUUGGAGAAUCCAGAGCAUUUGCUGAGUCGACUUUCUCAGCAUCCAACCUCAACCGGGCGUGA